AUGGUUGGUGUUUCUAGUCGAACUCGUAGUAAGAAUGUUCCACUCUUCGGUAGUAUUCCAUUUCAUGGCUCGUGUGCGUGUUCGUUGAAAUCUAACCGUAGAAAAAGUGAUAUAGGUUUGAGCUCUAAAAAAAGAAAGCCAAAUGAAGAGCCUUUUGUGUUGCAUGAAGGUGUUGAUGUUAUUCCCAUUGACAGUGACAAGGAAGGAGAUGAAGAGCCUUCUGUGUUGAAAUUUUCUGAGGCAUGUGCUGAACAAGUGGAAAAUUUUGGUAAUGGUGAUGCUGACGAGGUUGGAGAUGAGGCUUGGUUGGAAUAUCUUAACAAGAACAAGUUUGAGGUUGGCGAUAUUGAUGUUAAAAAUGAGGAACAAAGUGGAGAUAUUGUUGGUGAAGGAGGGUUGGAAGAUUGUGAAAUAAACAGUUUUGAGGGUUGUGUUAAUGCUGCUGAUGAUAAUGGUGAGGGGAAAGAAGCGAAGAAAAAGGGUUGGAAGGAGGAGGAGAAGAAUAUGCGUUGGAAGAAGAAUGGUCCGCCGGAGGGUGUUUCGAGUCGUACUCGGAGCAAGAAUGUUCUGCUGUUUGGUAGUCUUUCAUUUCAUGGCUCAGGUUCGUUGGAAUCUAAGAAAAGGAAGCCAAAUGAAGAGUCUUUUGUGUUGCAUGAAGAUGAUGAUGUUAUUCGCAUUGGUAGUGACGAGGAAGGAGAUGAAGAGGGGUUGAAAUUUUCUGAUAAGAAAUUUUCUCAAAGUUGUGUUGAUAAUGGUGAUGUGGAAGGGUUUGAAGAUUGUGAAAGAAACAACUUUGAGGGUUGUGUUGAUGGUGAUGCUGAUGCUGACGAGGUUGGAGAUGAGGAUUGGUUGAGAUAUUGUAAUAAGAACAAAUUUGAGGGUGACAUUGAUGUUGAAAAUGAGGAACAAAGUGGCGAUAGUGUUGAUAAUGGUGGUGAAGGAGGGUUAGAAAAUUGUGAAAGAAACAGGUUUGAGGGUUGUAUUGGUGUUGAGAAUGAAGUAGAGAGAGAGAAAAAUGGAGGACUUGGUGAUUUAGUUGAAAAAGAUGAAAUCUUUGAUGAUGAGAAGUGUGGUUUGAUAUCUGAAAACAUGAUUAUAGGUUCAGAUCAUGAAUCUGAUGAUGAUAAAGAUGACGGUGAUGAUCAAGAUGAAGGAGGGUUGAAAAAUUGUGAAAAUAAUAGUUUUGAAGGUUGUGUUGGUGUUGAAAAUGAAGCAGUGAGCGAGAAAAAUGGAGGAAUUGGUGAGUUAGCUGAAAAAGAUGAAAGCUUUGAUGAUGAAGAGUGUGGUUUGAUAUCUGAAAACCUGAUUACAGAUUCAGAGGAUGAAUCUGAGUAUGAAGAUGAAUCUGAUGAUGACGAUGAUGAUGAUGAAGAUGAUGAAGAUGAAUAUGAUGAAAGUGAGGAAAUUGAAACUAGUGAUGAAGAAUUUCAAGUUGAUGAGGUGAAUGAAGUUUCUGACAGUGAUAAUAGCAGUUCUUCUUAUGCUGAUGAUGAUGAUGAUAAUGGUGAGGAGAAAGAAGCGAAGAAAAAGGGUUGGAGGAAGAAAGAGGAGGAGGAGGAGGUGGUGGUUGUGGAGGAAGAGGUGGAGAAAGAUGUGGGUUUGGGAAUGGUUUGGCAAGAAUGUGACAAUGAGCUGGCGGAGAUGGUGGGUCAAAAUAAUGAAAUUUCUGAGAGAAAUAAUGCCUUAAACAAAAAGGUUUCUUAUGUUCCAAUGGAGGCUCCUUCUUCUUCUUCUAAAUUGCAUCAAGCAUCUAAAGGUAUGCAAAUGAAAGAGAAAAAUGUGUCUGAUGAUGAUGAUGAUGAUGAUAAUGUUUAUGUUGGCAAAACCAAAUCCAAGUCCAAAUCCAAAGCCAAAGAAAGUGUUAUUAUUGGUGAUUUUGAUGAAGAAGAAAUGCAAUCUGUUCAAGCUUUAGGUGUUAAUGAUGAAAGUGAUUCUUCUAUUCAAACAAAACAGAAGGAGAUGAAGAGUUCAGAGAAACAGAAAAUGACGGAGAUGAAGGGAAGCAAUUAUAAAGGUAGAGCUAGCAGCAAUAGUGGCGAGAAGAAGGAAUCCGUAGAGUUGUGUUUGAAUCAAAGGGGAAAAAGCACAGUUUUUAUGCCGAAGGAGUUACGUUUACGCCAACUCCUUGCUGAAUACUAUUGGGGAAACAAGAAUAGUAGAAUUCAGAAUGAUUCACCUAUAUUGGAGAUGAAAGAUGUUAUUUGGCGUGAUACAAGAUCACCACCUGUUUGUAAUGAGACAGCUCCAUUGAUAUGGAGCCUUAAAAAGGUGGAGAAAGUGCAAAAGACCAAGACCGAGGAGGAGGAGGAAGUACUAUGGGAUAUAAUGGAUACAAGCCUUAGAGAACUUGAUGCUGAAUCCAUGAUCGGAAAUUUGGGGACCAAUGAAGUUGCUCAGGAAAAAAUUGGAAGUUCAUCCCCUGACUGUGAUCAUGACAUUCGUCUCGACGAAGAGAUUGGUGUAUAUUGCAGGCGGUGUGGUUGGGUUGUCACUGAUAUUAAAGAUGUCUCACCACAAGUGGUUGAUAAAUAUCCCUACGAAGGUUCGGGACAAAGGGCUUCGUUUGGUGAUGCAAAUGUCUCACACUUUCAGGACUCACACUUCAAUGUUUCUGAUAAUGACUCGGGGACUAAUUUCUCUUUCGAUGAAAGAACAGUUUGGGACCUAAUUCCUGAUGUAAAACAGACCUUAUAUUCUCACCAACAAGAAGGUUUUGAGUUCAUUUGGAAUAAGUUAGUAGGAAACAUCGAGCUUCAAGCGUUAAAGAAUGCCAAUCUUCAAAGGGAGGGCGGUUGCAUUAUUUCACAUGCUCCUGGAACUGGAAAGACAAAGCUGACAAUCAUGUUUCUCAAGGCGUAUUUAAAAGUUUUUCCGAAAUGCUUGCCGGUCAUUGUUGCUCCUGCUGGAUUGUUGCUUACUUGGGAAGACGAAUUCAAAAAAUGGGACAUAGGUGUUCCAUUUCACAAUUUGAACAAUCCUGAGUUAUCUGUUAAAGAGCAUGACGAUGUUGUUAAUGCAACUAAUUGGUCUAAUACACGGCGGCAUAGUACGGAAGAGACACGAAUGGCUAAACUGAUUUUGUGGUUCAAAGAAACGAGCAUUCUGGGAAUCAGUUACACUUUGUUCAAGGAUCUAGCCCACGGAGAAGAGGAAUGCAAAGAUAAGAAAAAGAAUAAUCAGAAGAGAAAAGAAAACAGUUAUAUGAGAAAGGCUUUGCUUGAAGCUCCUGGUUUGUUGGUUCUAGAUGAAGGACAUACGCCAAGAAAUGCAAGAAGUCGUGUUUGGAAGGUGUUGUCAAAAAUUCAAACAAAGAAGCGAAUUAUGCUUUCUGGAACUCCUUUCCAGAAUAAUUUCUUGGAACUGUACAACACUUUCAGCAUAGUGAAGCCUUCUUUUCCUAACACGAUACCGCCCAAGCUGAAAAAGUUUUGCCUGAAACAUAAGGAAGCAGCAAGAAAAUGGAGUUGGGAACCGGUUACUGGAAACAGUACAACAGGAAAUCCUUCCGAUGAUAAGAUCAAGCAUUUGAAGUUGCUAAUGGAUCCCUUUGUCCAUGUUUACAAAGGCGCGAUUCUUCAAAAGAAGCUUUUCGGAUUAAGAGAUUGUGUGCUUCGUUUGAAGCCGGACAGUUUUCAGAAACAAAUUCUUGAGAGCAUUAAAAUUUCUCAGAACAUAUUGAACUUUGAGCAUAAGCUGGCACUGGCAUCGGUCCAUCCGUCUCUAUUCCUCGAAAGCAAACUAUUGGAAGAAGAAGAAUCUGUUGUCGACAAGGAACGGCUUGAAAAAGUUAGAUUGGAUCCACAUGUCGGCGUCAAAGCAAAAUUUUUGGUGGAGUUUGUUAAUCUUUGUAAUGCUGUUAAUGAAAAAGUUCUCGUGUUCAGCCAAUUCAUCCCCCCUUUACGCUUAAUUGUUGAGCAAUUAAACUCAAUCUUCAAUUGGGCCGAGGGGAAAGAAAUACUCUACAUGGAUGGCAUGAUUGAUCUGAAGGAAAAGCAGUCUUUAAUUCACAACUUCAAUGAUGCAAACAGCAAAGCUAAGAUUCUACUUGCAUGUACGAAAGCUUGUUCCGAGGGAAUUAGCUUAAUUGGAGCGUCGAGGGUUGUGCUACUUGAUGUUGUAUGGAAUCCUUCUGUCGAGCGACAGGCAAUCAGUAGAGCAUAUAGGAUUGGACAAAAGAGAACUGUGUACACGUACCAUCUGCUCACGCACGAGACUUCCGAGUGCGUUAAAUAUUUCAAACAGGCCGAAAAGGACCGGUUGUCUGAACUAGUAUUUUCAGAUAAUGACAAGGGCAAAAACCGUGCGGUAAACCUUGAAGAUGGUAUUCUGGAUCUAAUGCUUCAGCACAAAAAACUUAAAGACAUGUUUGUCGAGUGUGUGGUACAGCCGAAGGAAAGAGAUUUGGUGGAGAGUUAUUAUUAUUGAUUAUGAUGAAUGAAUGUCCAAGAUUCUUCAACAUUACUGACUAUGCAAAACAAGUUAAUGCUUCUGGUGUAACAUCUUUUGUGAAUUUUAAAUGGCUGUACUUAAUAAAUAAUAUCUGAACUACUCUACUGAUGGUGACAGCUAGUGAAUUACUACUGUGAUGAUGCAUUGGCAAUUUGGCAUCAUGAACAUAAAUG